GCCGCCGCGCCCGCCCGCGCCCCCCUCCCCGCGCCGCCCGGCAUGGACGGCGGCGGGGGCGGCCCCGAGGGCACCGGCCUGGAUAAAAUGCUCGAGGGCUCCUCGGCCGCUUCCUGCAGAAGAACCCUCCCCGCCCUGCCCCUGCCGUGAUCCCGACCCCCGCCCCACCGCAGCCAGGACCCCGAACCCCGCCGGGCUCCGAUGGAAGAGGCGCCGGGCCCGAGGAGCCCCCGCGAGCCGCAGCUCCCCGCCGGGUUCCGUGGGAUGGAAGGCGCUCCAUGAGCCGGAGCAGCCCCCCCAGAUGAGCCAAGCAGCCAAGGCCUGCCAGCAGCUGGGGGAGCCCCCCGGGGCGGGCAUGGCGCAGGAGGACGCGCGCCGGGCGCAGGGGCCGCCCGCCUUCUACCCCAGCCAGGAGCUCGACCUGUCCACCAAGGUGUACAAGAGGGAGUCAGGGAGCCCCUUCUCGGUGCUGGUGGACAGCAAAAUGAGCAAAGGCCACCUCCACGAGAGGGAGGAGCAGCCGUUUUUCAGGGAGAGCAGAGCGGUAGGAGAGGUCCGGGCUGUGAAAGAAGACAGGGAAAACUCUGACGACUCUGAGGAGGAGGAAGAGGAGGAAGAUGAAGUGACUUACAAAAGGGAGCAGAUUAUAGUGGAGGUAAACCUUAACAACCAAACCUUAAAUGUGUCCAAAGGGGAGAAGGGUGUCCCCUCCCAGUCCAAAGACACUGCUGUCCUUAAGACCAGCAGUGAGGAAGAGGAGGGUGACAGUGGGGAAGAGGCCACGGAAGACAGUAAUGAUUAUGAGGAGAAUGAGAGGCAGAAGAAAAAGGAAAAAAGAGUGGAGAAGGUUAGUGUUGCCCAGAGGAGAACGAGGAGAGCCGCCUCUGCCGCGGCAGCCGCCACCUCCCCGGCACCCAGAGCUACGCGGGGGCGUAGAAAGAGCGUGGAGCCCCCCAGGCGUAAGAAGAAAGCUGCAAAGGAGCCCAAGGCACCUGUGCAGAAAUCAAAGUGUGAAGAGAAGGAGACUCUGACCUGUGAGAAGUGCCCCAGGGUGUUUAACACACGCUGGUACCUGGAGAAGCACAUGAACGUCACUCACAGGCGGAUGCAGAUCUGCGACAAAUGUGGGAAGAAAUUUGUGCUAGAGAGUGAGCUGUCCCUCCACCAGCAAACUGACUGUGAAAAAAACAUCCAGUGCGUUUCCUGUAACAAAUCCUUCAAGAAGCUCUGGUCCCUCCACGAGCACAUCAAGAUCGUGCACGGCUACGCCGAGAAGAAAUUCUCCUGCGAGAUCUGCGAGAAGAAGUUCUACACCAUGGCCCACGUGCGCAAACACAUGGUUGCCCACACCAAGGACAUGCCCUUCACGUGCGAGACCUGCGGGAAGUCCUUCAAGCGCAGCAUGUCCCUCAAGGUGCACUCCCUGCAGCACUCGGGGGAGAAGCCCUUCCGCUGUGAGAACUGCGACGAGAGGUUCCAGUACAAGUACCAGCUGCGCUCGCACAUGAGCAUCCACAUCGGGCACAAGCAGUUCAUGUGCCAGUGGUGCGGCAAGGACUUCAACAUGAAGCAGUACUUCGACGAGCACAUGAAAACACACACGGGAGAGAAGCCCUUCAUCUGCGAGAUCUGCGGGAAGAGCUUCACCAGCCGGCCCAACAUGAAGCGGCACCGGCGGACGCACACCGGGGAGAAGCCGUACCCGUGCGACGUCUGCGGGCAGCGCUUCCGCUUCUCCAACAUGCUCAAGGCGCACAAGGAGAAAUGUUUCCGCGUCACCAGCCCCGGCACCAGCCCCGGCCCCGCCGCCGCCGCCGGCCCCGCGCUCCUGCCCGGCCCCUGCCCGGCCCCGCCGGCCGCGGGGACCCCGCUGGGGCUGAGCCCGGCCGUGCCCCCGCGGCCCCUCCCGCACCCCUACGGCCCCCUGGCCCUGCCGCCGCCCGGGCACCACCCCCACGGGCACCACCCGCAGCACCUGCCCGUGCCCCCCGUGCCGCACCUGCCCCCGCCGCCCGCCCUGUUCAAGAGCGAGCCCCUGAACCACCGCGGGCACGGCCACGGCGACGGCGGCUUCCUGCGGCACCUGGACAAGGCCAGCCCGGCACAGCCGCACUGACACGGCCCGGGGAUGGGCUCUGGGAUCCAGGAUGGGAGCCGGGAUCCAGGAUGGGCUCUGGGAUGGGAGCCGGGAUGGGAUCGAGCCCCUGGAGCACCGUGGGCACGGUGACGGUGGCACCUGGACGAGGCCAGCGCGGCACAGCCACACUGACAAGCUCUGGGAUCUGGGUCUGGGAUCCAGGUUUGGGAUCCGGGAUCCACCCUCCCACCACCCCACACCGCGCUUGGGAUCGGGGUUUGGGAUCCGGAAUGGGAUCGAGCCCCUGAACCACCGCGGGCACGGCAGCGCCUGGACGAGGCCAGCCCGGCACAGCCACACUGACAUGGUCUGGGAUCUGGGUCUGGGAUCCAGGUUUGGGAUCUUGGAUCCAGCUUUGGGAUCUGGGAUCCACCCUCGUGCCGCCCCACACCGCGCUGGGGAUCAGGGGUUUGGAUCUGGGUCUGGGAUCCAGCUUUGGGAUCCGGGAUCCAGUUUUGGGAUCCGGGAUCUGCCCUCCCACCCCUCUCCCUGCUCCUGGGCCGAGCUCUGCCCCAACCCCCCCGGUCACCUCCCACGGAACCCCCAGGACCCGCAGGACUGAACCCCCCCCGAAUUUGUGUUUUCCCGGUGACUUUUCUAAAUUCCAGCUACUGAGACUGGUGGGAUUUUCUAAUUUCAUAUCAGCUGAUGAGGUUUGCUUGGCUUUUAUAUCCUGGCCUUCUCCUCAAAGAGGGGACGGGCCCGGGGCUCUUUGUACUAAUGGGAAAGGCUGUGAGUUAAUUAAUACAGAGCAUUAAUGAUCACUGUGUAUGUAAUGGUUCCUUUCAGCACCCCGAGCUCGGAGCAUUAACCCAGAAAAGCAAAAAAAAAAAACCCAAAAAAAAAAAAAGGAAAAAAACCCCAAAAGUUCCUCUUGUUUCCGUGUAGCUCCCCUAACACACUCUUUAUUUUACUACAGAAAUUAUUUUAGAGGUUUUUUUGUAUAGAUCCUAUUUAGUAGAAUCUGUUUCUAAAACAAAAAGGAAAAAAAAGGAAAAAAAGGAACAAAACCGAAUGAUGCUAAUGAUGCUAACGAUGCUAAUGACGGCGAUAACGACGAUAAUUGUAUCUCCGGUGUAAUUUUUCAGUGUAGCUGCACCUCUGUUGUACAAUAGAGAAAUUUUUAUAAUCAGCCCAAA